AUGUCGUCUGAGGUACACAGUGUACAGUUCAUGGAAUUUUCAGAAGUGGAGAAUCAUAAUGACUAUUACAUUAUUGAAGAUGGCAUCGCUCACACUCAGGAUAGAAAAGGAGCUUUCAUAGUAUAUGAUGUGGCAUUUGAUGAUCUGCAAGAGUUACAACAUCAACUACUGCUUCUAGCAACUCUGUUCAUCGAAAGAGAAAGAAAUUUCAAAGAAAGUAAAAGAGAAGCUGAUGUAAAUCUCUCCGACUGGGCUCACAUUAAUGUGGAUCGCUUUGCUCUGCUGCUUGACCUGUGGACUUGGGAAUGUGUCCUGCUAGAAAACAAGCAGCAGCUUGUAGAUAGUUACUAUGAAGCUUAUCAGCAUGUAUGUGAUCCAGAAGAAAGACUCGCCUUGGCACAAGUGAUCACUGACAUCAUGUAUCGGCGCCCACGGUUUGACAUUGGCUCGAAAUACUUCCUGGAUGCUUACCGGGAUGAAUGCCAAUGCCUGAGGCUUCACUUGCAGCUUAUAAGAAAUGUAUUAAAUAACCAGCUAGAAAGCCAAAGGGAAUUUGUUCAGAAGAUUUGGCGAGAUGGCCAUAAAGGAAGUUUCUAUGACUUUGGCCUUCCACUUAAUAUUAUUACUAAGCCACUUGUCUCACUUAACACCAGUAGUCCUGCCUUAAAAAAUGUUUACCUCCUGGAGUUUCAUCCUUCUCUUGGAUUGGCCUACCUUAUCCCCAAAACCUUAGAGCACGUAUGUGAGGAAUUUCUACAUACCUGCACAGCAAAGACACCCAAGGAGGUCUACAGUGUGGAGAAAAAGGUCUUUGAGUUAGCGCUAAAUGAAUGGUCAACCCAAAAAGAUCUCCAGUUAUCCUUUAUGGCAAAUGUGCACAAAGAUUUAUUUGAAGAAGUGCUGGUGGAAGAUCCAAUGAUGGUUACAGAUAUCUGCAUGUUUACGUUGAAUUCUGCUGAUGAAGAAAAGAAGCAUGGUACAGCAAAGCAAAUGUUCAUUUUGGAAACAUUCAGCAAGAUGCUUGAACUCAUCACUCUGCGUCACAGAAUAAUAGAAAUGUCAUUAGAAACAGCAAUGUUAUCCAGGACAUACACCUAUUUUGCUGAAGAGAUGGGAUUCAAUGAGUUCCACUUAUACUUGAGGCCUGUACGUUUUGAGUUUGCAACUCACAAAGCACAAGUUGACCAGAUUCAGCCUACUUUCAUCACAUCUCUGCUCGAAGAUGAUAGCAGUGUGGAUCGGUAUUCACCUUCUGCUCAGCUGCUUGCUAUUCAUGAGGUGGACGACAAUCAGAUUGGAAAGUUCAGCUUCUGGACAAAGGAUGGUAUAUUACAGCUUCUGAGUAAAGAUGGCGUGGAGAAUUUACAAGUGGUACUCACCUGUCAAGUCAUCCAGAAAAAUGCCCUGAUAGCUGCCACUCAGCUGGCUUCCUUUUGUCAGAUGUCAUCCUGGAUCAGCAAGCAGGUGAUGGAUAUAAAGGAUAGUAAUUUGAACAUGCAAAGACGGAUGAGUUCUGCCAGUGAAAAGACUUCUUCAUCGUGGUCACUGGUUGAAAGUCAGACAUCCUUAACUCCAAUACCUAACUCUAAUGGAACCCAAGCACAGACAUGUUGGACAAAGAAGAGAUAUCCGGAAGCUUUUGUAUCAAUACAGUUAGAAAAAGCGGGUCUUCGGGAUGCCAUGCUGAACACUUUUCUUCAGAAGAAGCAAGUUAUGGGGACUAUUAUGAGAAACCCUGAAGAAGUGGAAAAAGUAAAAAGAGAACUUGUAAAGGAUUACUGCCAGAAGUUGAGCAAACGGAUCUCUAUCCACUCUCUCAGAGGACAAAUAAUUGCUUACUGCAACAGCCUAAAGCAGCUUCUGGAAGAUUUCCCACUUAUUGAGAAAACAUAUUUUAUCAUAGGACAGCCUCAGGAGAAAAAGAAUCCCAUCAAAGAAGCCCCGCAAGCUGAUCCCAGGUUCGUAGCUUCCUCUUUUAUAUAA